UGGCGCGAGACCCUACCUGGCCCGUGAGUUCUCGCGGUGUUUUGUUUCGUGCCCUUGCGGAGUCGCUGCUGCCGCUGCGAUGGCCGGCUACUGGGAGAUCCCGGAGGGGACCAACUGCCCCCGCAAGGCCUGGAUCACCGGCCGCCUCGGGGCCGCGCUGGGCUUGAUUGGUUCGGCAUAUCAUAUUGUAUUGUACCCGCCUAACUCGGCCGUUAAGGCUGCGCAAACGGCAGCCAUGAGCACUGUCACAAUGGCUACUUUGGGAGCAGUAUUUGGAUUGACCACUUGCCUCAGUGCCCAAGUCCGGGAGGACCCGGAGGAUGCCCUGAAUUAUUUCAUAGGCGGUUGUGCAUCAGGCCUUGUCUUGGGUGCAAGAAAUCACAGCCAUAUCGUUGGUUCCUCAGCAUGUGUGGCGCUAGGACUUGUGGCUGCUUUUACAAAGAUAGGCAAGCGAGAAGGCUGGAAGAUAGCAUGACCUCCCAGACUCUAAAUCAUUUUCCACGAACCGAUCGCUACCAACCACCAGGAGGGAAACGGAAAGGCUUUUAGAGGAUGAUUCCAUGAGAAGUCUAGCACUAGCGUUAUACAACAAUUGAACGGUCAUUUUAACAAGUUUCACGACCUGAUCUCUAGCAAACCAGCAGGGGAGUAGCCUAAUGGCUUUGGAAGGAAGAUUGCUUGGAUAUGGUGAGUCUAGUUCCAGCCCUCCUUCGCGGAACCCCUGAAAUAGGCUGAGAUGAAAGACAUGCCUUCACCCAAUUUGUCCCUCUUUAAA